AUGUCUCGUACAAGUCGUCGUAUAAUUUUUGUCUUAUUGAUUUUGAUUUUCAAUGGCGUUGUGGAAAUUGAAGCAGCACCAUCGUCGGGAGUUGGAAAAUUGCUCACAAAAAUGGGUGAUAAAAUAUCUGAAGCAGCAGCAACAGCGAAAGAAUAUCUUCUCGAACUGUUCUAUCGGUUUCGAGCAUUUUUCAUGGGUCAUUCGCAAUCAACGCAUGAUUCAAUGAUAUCAAGAGGUUGUGGCUAUGCGGCUGAUGAUCAACCAGCUAUUUAUAGUAAACAACCAGCUGUGACUGCGAAAAUUAAAGGUGGUAUAGAUGCUGUUUGGCAUACAUGGCCUUGGAUCGUAUCAUUAUUUACAAGUCCUCGUCAUGGUUGGAGUUGUGCCGGUAUACUUAUCAAUGAAAAUACAGUAUUAACAGCUGCACACUGUUUAACAAACACGAAACUAGGUGACAUAAAAGCUAUUGUUGGUGUUCAUACGGUUCUUGGCAAAUUAAAUCCAUUAAAUUAUUAUUCAAUUAGCGCUAUGUUCAGUCAUCCGAACUAUACACAUUGUUGUAAAAAUGAUAUAGCUAUACUUAAAUUAAGUAAAUCUGUACUUUAUGGGCCAAGAAUAAAUUCAGUUUGUUUACCAUUUGAACCAUAUGCAGCCAUCGAUCAUGGAAAAGCGCUUAUCAAUCGUACCGGUGUUAUUAUUGGAUGGGGUGAUAGCUCACAAAAUCCUGUUACGAACAUGGUCAAAAGUUUUACAUUACAACAGGCUGAUGUAACCAUAUUCGAUGGUUACCAUUGUAGUCGUUCAUAUGGCCAUGUUUUCAAUCCAAGUACAGAAAUUUGUGCCGGUGAUUAUCAUCAACAAACAGAUACUAUGAGUGGUGAUUCCGGUGGUCCUUUACUUGUUCGACAAGCCGAUGGUCGCUGGAUUGUUAUUGGCAUCACCUCAUACGGUUCAGCACCGACGCCAGGCAUGGCACCCGGUGUUUAUGCGAACAUUUCAGCUCAUACAAAAUGGGUGGAAAAAUUUUUAAAAUCCAAUUAA